AUGUCGGUCGUUCCCUAUCAUUCUCGCGAAGGUCGAGAAAUCGUUCUCCGCCAUCACAAUGCCAUCGUCGUGCGCGACCCUCAUUCCCAGCGGCUCGAAAUCCGCGGCUUGACCGAAUGCCCCACCUGUCACCAGCCGCUGCGCUCCUCCUCGCCCGAGAGACACUACGAGGGCCCCUCCCAGCAUGAGACAUACGUCAACCCGGAUUACUUCCGCAUGCUGCGGGCUGGGAGCGAUCAUACCCGAGCCGACCGCCCGCCCUCGAGCCCCAUACGCCGGCUAGUUGAACCCGUGCCUGCCGAGGACGACGUCGAGGUCGUGCACGCUACCGAGUUUGUAUCUAGCACGCCGGCUGUUCAAGAGGGGAGCCGCAUACGGAGGGAGGCCUUCAGCCCCAAUUACUUCAACACAUUCUUCAUUGAAGAGAGGGAGCUGGGCCGCGGCGGCAAGGGAGUCGUCCUGCUCGUCCGCCACGAGAUCGACGGCUGCCACCUCGGCCAUUUCGCCUGCAAGCGAGUCCCCGUCGGCGACGACCAUGACUGGCUGGAGAAGGUGCUCACCGAGGUCGAGCUUCUGGCUCGGCUGUCGCACCCGAAUCUGGUCUCGUACCGGCACGUGUGGCUGGAGGAUGUCACGCUGAACCGCUUUGGGCCGAGCGUGGCUUGCGCCUUCAUACUGCAGCAGUACUGCAACAGCGGUGACCUGCUCCACUACAUCAUCGGCGACCAGCCCAAGGAGACCACAAAGGAAGAGCUCAAGGCCCAGAUAAGGCGACGGUCCAAGGGUCAGCAGUCGGAGCGGCCCCAGGGUCUGUCCUCCCCACAGCGUCGGCUGCCCAUCGAGGAGAUUUACUCGCUAUUCAAGGACAUCACUUCGGGGCUAACCUAUCUCCACGCGGCAAACUACAUCCACCGGGAUCUGAAGCCGAGCAACUGUCUCCUGCACCGCGAAGGCAGGAGCCUGAUAUGCUUGAUUAGCGACUUUGGCGAAGUCCAAGCGGAGAACGUGGCAAGGAAGUCGACGGGGUCCACGGGCACCGUUUCGUACUGCGCCCCGGAAGUGCUCAAGAAGGACGCCGCGGGCAGAUAUGGCAACUUCACGACCAAGUCGGACAUCUUCUCGCUGGGCAUGAUCCUAUACUUCAUGUGCUUCGGCCGCCUCCCGUACAGGAGUGCGAACGCGGUGCAGGAGGAGUUGGAAGACAUCGACGAGCUCCGCGCCGAGAUCACCGGCUGGAAGGGUUUCCAGGAUGAGAGGCGGGAACGACCCGACCUACCGUCUAAGGUUUACCAGUUACUGAAGAGGCUGCUAGCUCUGGAUCCGCUCGAGAGACCCAGUGCUAGUGAGGUGUUGAGUGCCAUGAAAAACGAGUCCAGUCUCGAGGGCUCUACGCGCGGACGAAGCUCCAGCCCGACCAUCGGCCGCAGGAUCCAAAGUCUAGACUCGCCCUUACAUCCAGGCACCCCUGUCCCUGAUCUUACCACCGUGCUGGAUGAGCACAGUCUGCAGAAGCGGCCCAAUCCCGCCCUCCCCCGCCGCCGCAGCCACGCCAUGACACCAUCCCUCCCCCAUACCGCCUUCACCCGCCCCCGGCCCCAGAAUUCGCACUCGCCCCCGCGCUCCCCGGGCCGCAAUGGCACCACCAGCAGCAACGCCAAUAACAACAGCAACAACCACCGCCACAGCCUCUCCCUCGGCGGGCCGAUCCCCUCCCCCACCCACGACCCCUCAGCCCCGACCUCAGACGAUGACAUCCCCACCUCCGCCGUCGGCGCCGGCACGCCGCUACUAAUGGCACCGCCCACGACGUUCCUGGGCGAGGUCCGCCACCGCGCCAGGGUGGCGCUGCACGUGGCGGCGGGCGGGCUCGCGGCGCUGCGGCGGGACGGCGGGGGCCGGCAGCAGCUCGCGUUCGCGGCCAGGCUGGCGGCGUUCCUCGCCAAGAUGGCGGCGCUCGCGCGCGUGUGCUGGCCCUACUCGGCCGACUGGGCCGUGGGCGCGGGGCUCGUCGCGCUGGCGGCGCUGGACCUCGGGUUGCCGCCGGCGUCUGGGGCGAACGGGGGGCCUGUUGCGGCGGAUGGUGUCGGCGGCAGCGGCAGCGGCAGCAGCUACAGGGAUGUGGGCGGCGUCGGGGCGAGCCGACGCGGCGGAGGCGGCGGCAGCAGCAGCGGCAGCAGCUGGGAGCGUGGAUGGGGAUGGCGGGCUAGUGUGAUGCUGCUGGUGCUGCACUUUUUCGUUUUAUGGGUUACAUCCCGCUACGGGACCUUGUGUGCCGCCGCGCAGCAGCACCACGAGGGGGGGUGGACGGAAUGGUGAGACACGCGUCUUGCAUCCUGUGUUCCCCACCCCCAAAAACUCUAUCGGUAAUGUUACAUUCCUGUGCGUUGUCGUUGUUUCCGAGGGGUUGGGUUGGGCAAUGAAGAAGUAGCAUCGGAGAGAGGCGGAGCCAAGCUUGCAACCUAGCCUCCAGCGAGAGGGGGUCGCCCCCCUUCCUGAUUUGGAUCAUGAGGCAGCGAGCAAAUACAUGCCAUCCACCCUGACUGGAUGGAUGGCGUGCUUGGUGUCCCAAUCUAUGACACAUUCCCCCGCCUCGCAGGACGAAGCCUUGGCUUAGGGCGAGGUUGGUGGGAAGCUCGAUGGAAACGCGAGCUAUCUCCGCGACGGACCGCUGCCCAGGAGGGGGUUUGUGGUGGUGGGGGUGAAGAGGGGAGAGCGUGGAAGGGGGGUAACCUGCAAUAUGGCUACCCAUGUAGGUAUCAUAUCG